AUGCCGCCGGCAAAUCCGAAUAAUAAAUCAUCGGCACCGGCAGUAGACCGUCCAACUCAUAAUUUCCGAUUUACAUCACAGAAUGAAACCCUCGAAGAUGUCCUCAAAUCCCAAACCGUUGGUCUCGUGCACCUUUCCGAUUUCAAGAAACGUCGCGCCGAACUUCUCGAGCAGAAAGAACGUGAAGCCGCGAAUGUGAAUCAAUCCGCGCCGGGGUCUGCAGGUGGCAGUCGCGCCGGUAGUGUUGGUAGCGAUGGCAAUGUUAAGCCCCCAGCGCCAAAAAAGCGCAAGAAGGCAGCUACAUCACGUGGUCUCCUUUCCUUUGACGACGGCGAUGACGGCGAUGAUUCCUCUGGUCCAUCGAUAACACCCUCGCCUUUACCGACAUCCGCGAACCCAUCUCGUGGCGGUACGCCUGCUGCGACAUCCACGCCACCUCCGGAGAAGGCUACAGAUACAAGCGCAAAUACAACAGUCACGAAACGUAAAUUCAACACUGCGGUCCCUGCUCCAACGAUUAUUACAAAGGCAUCGCUGCGGAAGGAAGCAGAAAUGCGGGAAUCCCUCCGUAAAGAAUUCAAUAAGCUUCAGGAUUCGAUCCGUGCGGAAGAGAUUUCUAUACCUUUUGUCUUCUACGAUGGAACAAACGUCCCAGGUGGGGAGUGUAAAAUGAAGAAAGGGGAGGCCGUAUGGCUGUUCCUGGAACGAGCAAGAAGAACAAGAGGCUUGUGGCACAGAGUUAGUGUUGACGAUUUGAUGUUCGUCCGCGGAGAGAUCAUCAUUCCUCACCAUUACGAAUUCUAUUACUUUAUCGUCAAUGGCACCGUUGGUCCUCACGGCAAGCUGUUCGAUUAUCCGUCAGCGCUGACGUUAAAGGAUGGAAAGAUUGAUGAUUCUUCUGCUUCGUCUUCAGGAAAGAAUGACAAGGAUAAGAAAUCGGAAAGCGACAGGCCGCCAGAUGAGCCAACCCUUACGAAGGUCGUAGAUAGGAGGUGGUACGAACGAAACAAGCAUAUUUUCCCAGCCAGUAUGUGGGAGACCUUUGAUCCGAACAAGGACUACGCCAACAUGAUUAGGAGGGAUAAGAGUGAAAAUUCAUUCUUUUUCAGCUGA